UCCCAAAAUCCUCACACUUCACAGUUCAGUUCACACGAAAAAAAUCCCUAAUCAAAAAAUGGGGAAAUUGUGGCUAAUUUGCAUUGCUUCGAUCUCAAUCCUUCUCCCAUUUCUCUGCAAUGCUUUCUCUCCCGAAUCGCCAACGGAUCGCCGAGUCCUUGUUCUCCUCGACGACUUCGCCAUCAAGUCGUCACACUCCCUCUACUUCAAUGCCCUCAAAUCACGUGGCUUCGACCUGGAAUUCAAACUCGCCGAUGAUCCAAAGAUCGCCUUGCAACGCUACGGCCAGUAUCUUUACGAUGCCUUGAUCCUCUUCUGCCCCUCCGUCGAACGAUUUGGAGGAUCUAUUGAUGUUGCCGCCAUUGUCAAUUUUGUUGAUUCCGGUCAUGAUUUAAUUGUUGCGGCGGAUGUUAAUGCUUCGGAUUUGAUUCGGGAAGUUGGUACUGAAUGUGGAGUUGAUUUUGAUGAGGAUCCUUCGGCUAUGGUUAUUGAUCACAUUGGCUAUGCUGUUUCGGGAACUGAGGGAGAUCAUACAUUGAUUGCUAGUGAUGAUUUUAUUAAGUCUGAUGUGAUCUUAGGAGGCAAAAGAAUUGAAGCUCCUAUACUUUUCCGAGGCAUCGGCCAUUCAGUGAGUCCUGCCAAUAGCUUGGUGUUGAAAGUUCUCUCAGCUUCUCCAUCUGCCUAUUCUGCUAAUCCUAAGUCGAAGCUGUCAACUCCUCCAUCAUUGACUGGUUCUGCUAUCUCUUUAGUUUCAAUUGUCCAGGCAAGGAACAAUGCACGGCUUCUGAUUACUGGCUCACUAAGCAUGUUCAGUAAUAGGUUUUUCAGAUCUGGUGUGCAGAAAGCUGGGAGCCAAACUAAACAUGAGAAAUCAGGCAAUGAACAAUUUUUGACUGAAAUUAGCAAAUGGAUUUUCCAUGAAAGAGGUCAUCUUAAGGCUGUAAAUGUGAAACACCACAGAGUUGGGGAAACAGAUGAACCUGCAUUAUACAGGAUUAAUGAUGAGUUGGAAUACUCAGUUGAGAUCUAUGAGUGGUCUGGAACAAGCUGGGAGCCAUAUGUUGCUAAUGAUGUCCAAGUGCAGUUUUACAUGAUGAGCCCCUAUGUUUUGAAAACUUUAUCAUCUGACAAAAAGGGUCUAUAUUCCGCAUCAUUUAAGGUUCCCGAUGUUUAUGGUGUUUUCCAAUUCAAGGUCGAGCACCAAAAGCUUGGGUAUACUAGUUUAUCCCUUUCAAAGCAGAUUCCUGUCAGGCCAUAUAGACACAAUGAAUAUGAAAGAUUCAUACCUGCUGCUUACCCCUAUUAUGGAGCUGCAUUUUCUAUGAUGGCUGGAUUCUUCAUCUUCUCGUUCGUUCAUCUCUACAGCAAGUAAAACUGUAGCAUCUCUAGCUUGCAGGCCGUGGACCGUUGGAUUCGAAAUUUUUGAGUGGCACAAAUGAUGCAAUAGAAAUGUUUAGGGUUUUGAAAUUUAUGCGUUAUGUUAUUUACCGGUUAGAGGAAAAAAAAAUGCCGUAGAGUUAUCCGUUCAGUUUCCCCUACUUUCUCUUUUACGCUGUUAUAAUAUUUCAGAAAUACUAUUAUUAUUUUUCA